AUGGCCCAGGAGCGUCCCGCCUGCGCGCUGGAGCCCGAGCAGAUCCAGCGGCUGCUGCGGUCCUGCCAGGAGGCCAAGAAGUCCGCCUACUGCCCCUACAGUCACUUCCCCGUGGGGGCCGCCCUUCUCACCCGCGACGGGAGGAUCUUCUCGGGGUGCAAUGUGGAAAAUGCUUGCUACGCCCUGGGCAACUGUGCUGAGCGGACUGCUAUCCAGAAGGCCAUCUCGGAAGGAUACAAAGAUUUCCAGGCAAUCGCUAUUUCCAGCAACUUGAAAGAUGACUUUAUCUCACCGUGCGGGGCCUGCAGGCAAGUCAUGAGAGAGUUCGGCACCAACUGGGCUGUCUUUAUGACGAAGCCGGACGGCACAUACAUAACGAAGACCGUUCAGGAGCUGCUGCCAGCCUCCUUUGGGCCCCAGGACCUGCAUAAAGUCCAGUGAAGGCCAGAGGCUGCCCACCAACCUGGAGAGCUGGCUUCUUACCCAUGCUUAAGAGGACCCCCAAGAACUUCAUAAGGACAUACUCGCAAUCCAGGGACACUCCCACCACCAUGCCUGAGCAGACGAAACUUCCAAAUGAAACGAGGGAUGUUCCGCCAGGACCCCAGGCCCUCCUGCACCCCAUUGUCCUCCCUGGACCAAGAACAUGGUCAUUCCUCUCCUUUCUGCUACACUUUACAAUCCCCCCGAGUCUGGGCCACUUCCCUCCACCUGCCCACCAUGCUGCCCUGUUCCAGAGUGGGGAACAUCUCUCGUCAUGAACAUGCAGGAAGGAGGCCCUGACCAGGGGAGCGCAUAUCGCCCUGAGUCUAUGAUUGUUGUGCCUGUUGUGCACAGCUUUUCUGAAAGUGAUUUGUCUCCUAGGGUCGGUCAAGAUUCUUUCUGCAGGAGAGGAAUCAGGCCCAGGAUCCCAAAACCCUCAGUGCAGAGAGCUGCCUGUUUAGGCUACUUGCCCCUGCUUCUCCAGAUGGGAGACACUGCUCUCUCUCUCUCUCUCUCUCUCUCUCUCUCUCUCUCUCUGUGUGUGUGUGUGUGUGUGUGUGUGUGUGUGUGUGUGUGUGUGUGGUCGUGGAGGAGG